GCUCCUCCGGGCUUCUCACAGACCGCAUCGCUCAAUGGGGAGUAAAGCCACACCUCCUGGUGGGCCCUAAUGAGCGAGCAAUGAUUGGGAAGCCCCUAAAAGUGGCCAGGAGGAGCCGCGGUCUGCUCCUCUGGGAGGGGCGCGCCAACCCUGCCCAGUUGGCUCGGCCUCCCAGUCCCGUGGCUCGGCGGCGUCUGACUGCUCCCCUCUCUUUCCUCUCGCAGCUUUACGAAAACUUCAUCAGUGAGUUUGAGCACAGGGUGAAUCCUCUGUCUUUGGUAGAAAUCAUCCUCCAUGUGGUGAGGCAGAUGACAGAUCCCAACGUGGCUCUUACUUUUCUGGAAAAGACUCGGGAAAAGGUAAAAAGCAGCGACGAGGCGGUGAUCUUGUGUAAGACGGCCAUUGGGGCUCUGAAACUGAACAUUGGCGACCUCCAGGUGACCAAGGAGACGAUCGAAGAUGUCGAGGAGAUGCUCAACAACCUUCCUGGCGUGACGUCUGUGCACAGUCGUUUCUACGACCUUUCUAGCAAGUACUACCAGACGAUCGGGAACCACGCGUCCUACUACAAGGACGCCCUGCGCUUCCUGGGCUGCAUCGACGUGAAGGACCUGCCGGUGUCCGAGCAGCAGGAGAGAGCUUUCACCCUGGGCCUGGCGGGCCUCCUCGGGGAAGGCGUCUACAACUUCGGGGAGCUGCUCAUGCACCCGGUGCUGGACUCCCUGAGGAACACGGACCGCCAGUGGCUCAUCGACACGCUUUAUGCCUUCAACAGCGGCAACGUGGAGAGAUUCCAGACCCUGAAGCCGGCCUGGGGCCAGCAGCCAGAUCUAGCUGCCAACGAGGCCCUGCUCCUGCAGAAGAUCCAGCUGCUGUGCCUCAUGGAGAUGACCUUCACACGUCCGGCCAACCACCGCCAGCUGACCUUUGAGGAGAUCGCCCAGAGUGCCAAGGUGAAGGUGAACGAGGUGGAGCUGCUGGUGAUGAAGGCCCUUUCCGUGGGUCUGGUGAAGGGCAGCAUCGACGAGGUGGACAAGCGGGUCCACAUGACCUGGGUACAGCCUCGGGUGCUGGACGUGCAGCAGGUACAGCCACCAGACCCUCUGGCUCCUCU